AUGCCCAUAACGGGAAACGCCGGCGGCUCCAGGAGGAUGCUUCUGAUGAGCUGUCUCUGUCUGCCUUCUCGUGCUCCACGUGCGGAUUCCAGCGCCACAGCAAAAUAUGGACCCACUAGGCACCGCACAUUUAGCCAUCGAUUCAGGCCGGACCUCAUGAAACCAAGCCAACGUGGACAGUGCGAAGAGACGAGCAUGCACCUAUUGAGCUGUCCCGCAUUAAAGAGUCUACGGUGUCACUUUGGGGCGGAUGGGGGCGACAUGGAGAAGUUAUGUUUCAUGAAGUUUUCCCGAUGCCUGCUGGCAGUGGAAAGGCUUCGUCCUCAACAG